ACAGGUGAGGCAAACGCUCUGCCAGCUGCUGGGUGGCAGGAAGUGGACGUGUCCCAGCUGGCGCCGGGUCCCGUCCUGCCACCUGGCCGGCUGGAGCCCUCGUGCCCUGCACCCCGGGGCACCGUCGCAAGCGCCCGCGGGCUGGUGGGCACCUCCAGCCUCACGGAGCCGGACCCAAGCCAGGGAGAGACGAGGCUCCAAUCUGGUCCCUGGUGUAGCCAGGGCAGCUGUGGUAGAGCCGUGGCUCCGGGCCCCGGGCCCUCGAUCCCCGUCCACGCGGGGCGGCUCCUUGGCUAUUUAUCUGUCCUCAAAGAAAGCAUAAAGCCUCCCUUCCUCUGAGCGAAUCCACGGCCGACGCUCAGCGCCACGGCCGGGCAGAGCCGGCGCCCAGAGAUGCAAAGGCUGGACGUGUGGGCCCCUUGCUUCAAAGGGAAGCAACGCAAUUGAGAGGUGCAGGGGGGCCCCAGCCAGGCUCCUGGGGGGUCGGACUUGCUGGCCGGGGAAGGCCCCUGCUCUCAGCUGUGCCUUGUGCUGCAGGGGUUAGUCCUCAGCGCCAGCCACCCACCUGCGGCCCACGCCUGCUGGGCUGCAACCGAGAGGCGACGCGUUGGGAGCUCUGGAUGUUGCUGCCGUGGUGGGAGCAGGCACCGGGGGCCAGUCCCUGGGCCAGCGAAGGUGGGCGGCUGUCCCCGCUCAGAGCACGGAAGCAUGUCCCAGCAGCACGCAGCCACCUAGGCUGGCCGGCACGGCGGAGGGCUCAGGAUGGAAGCUGGGCACAAGGCGCUGCCCAGCGAGGAGGCCGGGGAUGGGCUGGAGGACGGCAGCCAGCGGUGGAACAACAAAGCCAACCCCUUCUGGACGGCUGUCUUCGACUACGAGGCUGCGGCGGAAGAGGAGCUGACGCUGCGGCGCGGCGACCUGGUGGAGGUUCUCUCCCAGGACUCCACCGUGUCGGGAGAUGAGGGCUGGUGGACGGGGAAAAUCGAGGACAGGGUGGGCGUCUUCCCCUGUGACUACGUGGCCAGCGGCCCCCUGGGUGGUCCCUACCCUCUGCCGCUGGAGAUCUCCUUCCAGGAGCUGCUGCUGGACGAGAUCAUCGGGGUGGGGGGCUUCGGGAAGGUCUACAAGGGCGUGUGGCGAGGGGAGGAGGUGGCGGUGAAGGCGGCACGCCAGGACCCCGACAAGGACAUCAGCACCACGGCCGAGAGCGUCCGGCAGGAGGCCCGGCUGUUCUGCAUGCUGCACCAUCCCAACAUCAUCGCCCUGAAGGCCGUGUGCCUCCAGUCCCCCAACCUGUGCCUGGUGAUGGAGUACGCCCGGGGCGGUGCCCUCAACCGAGCACUGGCCGGCAGGAAGGUGCCACCCCACGUGCUGGUGAACUGGGCCGUGCAGAUCGCCCGCGGCAUGAACUACCUGCACAACGAGGCUGUGGUGCCCAUCAUACACCGCGACCUGAAAUCUAUCAACAUCCUGAUCCUGGAGAAGAUGGAGGCCGGGGAGCUGGGCGGCCGCACGCUGAAGAUCACGGACUUCGGGCUGGCGCGUGAGUGGCACAAGACGACCAAGAUGAGUGCGGCCGGCACCUACGCCUGGAUGGCACCCGAAGUCAUCCGGCUCUCGCUCUUCUCCAAGAGCAGCGACGUCUGGAGUUUCGGGGUGCUGCUGUGGGAGCUGCUGACCGGGGAGGUGCCGUACCGGGAGAUCGACGCACUGGCCGUGGCCUAUGGCGUGGCCAUGAACAAGCUGACGCUGCCCAUUCCCUCCACCUGCCCCGAGCCCUUCGCCCGCCUGCUGGCAGAGUGCUGGGACCCCGACCCCCACGCCCGGCCGCCCUUCGGGAGCAUCCUGGGGCGGCUGGUGGCCGUCGAGCACUCGGCCAUGUUCUCCAUGGCCCUGGACGCCUUCCACUCGCUGCAGGACGACUGGAAGCUGGAGAUCCAGCAGAUGUUCUGUGAGCUGCGUGCCAAGGAGAAGGAGCUGCGGAGCCGGGAGGAGGAGCUGCUGCGGGCGGCGCAGGAGCAGAAGACACAGGAGGAGCAGCUGCGGCGGCGCGAGCAGGAGCUGGCCGCCCGCGAGAUAGACAUCGUCCAGCGCGAGCUGCACCUGCUCAUGGACCAGCUGGGCCAGGAGCGGCCCCGGGUCAAGGGGCGCAAGGGCCACUUCAAACGCAGCCGCCUUAAGCUGCGUGACGGGAACCGCAUCAGCCUGCCCUCAGGCUUCCAACACAAGAUCACGGUGCAGGCGUCGCCCACCCUGGACAAGCAGAAAGGCCCAGGAGCCAACGGCACCAGCCCCCCCGUGAGCCCCAUCAUCAUCCCCCGCCUGCGGGCCAUCCGCCUGAUGCCCGUGGACGGCAGCCAGACGUGGGGCCGCAGCGCGGGGCUGAUGAAGGAGGAGCUGGUGGGGAACCAGAAGAAGGGGCGCACGUGGGGGCCCAGCUCCACACUGCAGAAGGAGCGGCUCGGUGGGGAGGAGCGGCUGAAGGCUCUGGGUGAGGGCAGCAAGCAGCGGUCGUCCAGCGCCCCCAACCUCGGCAAGUCCCCGAAACGCGCCCCCAUGACAGGGGGUUUCGCCAGCCUGACAGAGAUGGAGGAGUACGCGGAGGCGGAGGGCAGCGCCCCCCAGUCCCCGGCCGAGCUGCCCCCCAGCACCGAGGGCCUGCGGCUGGCCAGGCCCCACAAGCGCAGUGCCGUGGCUCUCCUGGGCUGCGCCUCCGUCCUGGCCGCGGUGGCGUUGGGCAGCGACCUGCUGGAGCUGGGCCAGGGGCCGAUGGGGGGGUUGUGCCCGUGGGGGCACCGCGCCCGGGAGCACCAGGGGCCCCCCAGCUCCGUCACACUGCUGUCGCUCUCCUCCCUCUCCGACUGCAACUCCACCAAGUCCUUGCUGCCCUCGGACGAGGAGCUGCCCCCCGGGCCCCUGGCCCCAGCCCUCGGUGCCCCCUCCGCCCACAACCCACUGCUAGACCUCCGGGCCGAGAGCUUCAAGAGGGACCCGCGCCAGUCGCUGACACCCACCCACGUUACGGCCGCCCGGGCGCUGACCCGUGGGCACCGGCGAACGCCCUCGGACGGGGCCCUGCGCCCACCCACACCUGGCCAGCAGGGGGCACCCGGGGCAGGCUCCCAGGAGAUCCUGGACCCCCCCGCACUCUUCCCGCCCCCAUCGUGGCACAGGCCCCCCGAGACAGACCCGGCCGUGGAGCGCCCCAAGACCCUGGAGUUCGCGCCCCGGCCCCGGCCCUCGCCCGCCCGCUCCCGCAUCGACCCCUGGAAACUCGUCUCCUUCAGAAGGACUCACCGCUCGUCCCCGGGCAGCGGGUGCAAGACUCAGGGGGAGCUGGGCAGAGGCAGAGGGGAGCAGCCGGACCCCCCCCGUGCCCGCCAGACGCUGCUGGACAUAGACAUGGAAGGGCAGAGCAAGGACAGCACGGUGCCGCUCUGCGGGAGGGCACUGCACUCUGACAGCCUGGAUGCCGACGUGUCCCAUUGACCCCCUAGAGUCCGGGGCACCUCCCAUGAAUGUACACCUGCCCCACAGCCGGCGUGGGGCACCAGACCUACCUGUGGGGGGCCCUCUUGGAUGGACCAACCUCCUUCUGUGGGCCUGCACCACCAUCCCCCACCCUGCUGCCAACCCCAUUCCCCACCCUCAGCAGGCUGAGAUCCCACGGCAUCCACCAACGGCUCCAAAGGCUCUGCUGUGGGAGAGGCUGCUGCCCCCGAGGAGCGGGGUCGGGAAGGGAAUUGUGGGGGAGGGGAGCAUGUGUAUUUAUUGAUGGGGGUCAAGGACCCCCACCCCUAUUUAAAUUCCAU